CCCCGGCCCGGCCCGGCGCGGCCCCGGCGCCGCCAUGGAGCUGGAGCCGCCCGCCGAGCUCCCGGAGCCCCGCGCCGCCAGCAAGGGGCCGCCCCGCACCGCUGCAGAUGUGGAGCAGAUGAGUUCCUCCUCUCCUGUCCUCCCUAUGAACUCCAUGGGCAAUGAGCGGGUGGAUCAGCGAACCUGCCUGAUCUGCGGGGACAGGGCCACGGGGCUGCACUAUGGGAUCAUCUCCUGCGAGGGCUGCAAGGGCUUCUUCAAGCGGAGCAUCUGCAACAAGCGGGUCUACAGAUGCAGCCGGGACAAGAACUGCGUCAUGUCACGCAAACAGCGCAACAGGUGCCAGUACUGCCGGCUGCUCAAAUGCCUCCAGAUGGGAAUGAACCGCAAAGCAAUCAGAGAGGAUGGCAUGCCAGGAGGCAGAAACAAAAGCAUUGGACCUGUCCAGAUAUCAGAGGAAGAGAUUGAGAGAAUUAUGUCUGGGCAAGAGUUUGAGGGAGAGGCAAAUAUGUCAUGGAGCAACAACGGAGACAGUGAUCACAGUUCCCCUGGAAAUGGAGUUUCUGAGAGCAACCAGCCUUCACCUGUUUCUACGCCAUCUUCAAGUAGGUCCGUGGAGCUGAACGGGUUCGCCGCACUCAGGGAUCAGUACAUCGGCACACCGGUGUCCACGCACUAUCAGUACCUCCCGCACCUUUUUAGCUACUCUGCUCACUCGACCCUGGUGCCCCCCCAGACGCGCAGCCUGGACCCCCAGUCUCACAGUCUGAUCAACCAGCUGGUGUCGGCGGAGGACCUGGAGCCGCUGGGGACGCCGAUGCUCAUCGAGGACGGGUAUAAAGUGACUCAGGCAGAGCUGUUUGCGUUGUUGUGUCGUCUGGCAGAUGAAUUGCUUUUCAGGCAGAUUGCUUGGAUCAAGAAGCUGCCGUUCUUCUGCGAACUCUCCAUCAAGGACUAUACCUGCCUGCUCAGCUCUACGUGGCAGGAGCUGAUCCUGCUCUCCUCCCUGACUGUUUACAGCAAGCAGAUCUUUGGUGACCUGGCAGAUGUCACCUCCAAGUACUCUCCCUCUGAUGACGAGCUGCACAGAUUCAGUGAAGAGGGGAUGGAGGUGAUGGAGCGCUUGAUCUACCUCUUUCGCAAAUUUAACCAGCUGAAGGUCAGCAACGAGGAGUACGCGUGUAUGAAAGCCAUCAACUUCCUCAAUCAGGACAUCAGGGGGCUGACCAAUGCAUCCCAACUGGAGCAGCUGAAUAAGCGGUACUGGUACGUUUGCCAGGAUUUCACGGAGUACAAAUACCCACACCAGCCAAACCGCUUCCCGGACCUAAUGAUGUGUUUGCCAGAGAUAAGAUAUAUUGCAGGAAAAAUGGUGAAUGUCCCCCUGGAGCAGCUGCCUCUCCUUUUUAAGGCCGUUCUACAUUCCUGCAAGACGAGCGUGAGCAAAGAGUGAGCCCAGCUGGCCCCGGCCGGUGCCUUACGCUGUGAGCUGGCUCACCCCGGGAGAGGGGCAAAGGCCAUCCAGGCAGGAGAUGGGGCAGGGGCGGCCCUGCCCUUGUAGCAAGAAUCUUUUUUGUUUGUUUUUGUUUUUUUACUCUUUUUCCUAUAUAUUUAUUUCACGACAGAGUUGAAUGUAUGAUCUUCAACACGAUGCACAUGGUUCUGUAGGAAUGCAGCAGAUGCAUUCUCCAGCGGUUUACAGAAUGUGAAGAUGUUUAAUGUUACAGUGUUUGUUAGGGUUAGUUCUUUUGUAUUUGGGGCUGGGGACCGAGAUGACUAAGACUACCUCAAGGAGAAGAUGCUGUUCAUGCACUGCUCUUUCCAUGGUUUGUAUCCAAAAGCGUUUGUCAUAGAGAGCAAACGGCCUCCCCGUGUCGACAGAGCUGUUGGUACCCCAAAGGGACGACUUUGGAGAAUUGGGUAGUAGAGAAGUGCCAAGCUUUUUUCUUUAAGUUUAAAAAGGCAGGGAGUGGAGAAGAAGGAGAAGCCUGUCUGGGCAGUUGGUUUCUUUUCCCCUGGCAGUUUCUAGAUGCAGGUUUCCCAGUGGGAUGGCAGUGUCUGGAACUGUGAGGGGCUUGCUGCCCCUGUAUCCCUCUGGGGAGCUGUGGGCAGGGGUCUACCCCAACCCCUCCUGGCCAGCUGCCCUCUCACUAUUCCCACAACAUGUUCCAAUUCCACUGAAAUUUUGUUCCUGCAGUUCGUAGCAGGCUCCUGGCAUUACACAAAGGUGCUCUUGUUGCUAGAGAACUGCAAGUACUUUCUCAUCACUUCCUUAACAUCCAUUUUAGAUUCACAAAAGCAGGAAAAACCUACUUAGAGAAGAGGCAGGAUUGCCCCCUUUAUUGUGUUCUUCUGAGAUGGUACCUGACUCUUGAAGCUUCUGCAGUGCAGCAAUCCCCAUUUCUGGGAGCAGUUAAUGUACCAUGUGGUUAAAUGUGACCUGUGUAAUGGGGUGAGGGACUCCAGUGUCGUCUGGUAUGGCUUUCUCUGCUGGACUCAGGGAAUGUGUGUUUCAUAGUUCAUCCUGCCAGGACUGUUCUGCUGCUUGUGGAAUCUUAGGAAAAACAGCAUUACUGCAGUCCUUGGUGACCUGCUCUGUCCUAGGUGUUGCAAGGCUUGGAUUUUCUAUUUGCAAGCUCCCCACCGCUCCAGAUGGGGAACUGGUUUGAUGGCAACUGAUUAGUUGAUGGAGUGAUUGCUGAGUGCUGGUGUUCAGCUUAACUUAGGCAUUCUCAUGAGUGAUCUCAUGGCUUCUGCUCAUAGUGGGGAGGUUGGAUGACAUGCUCUUGUUCUCAUCUCCUUCAGUACGAAUUAAUGUUCAAAGACUCAGUCACUCUCCUAGACAGUCCUGGCUAGAUUUCCCUCCCUGUCUCCUUAGAUGUAGAUCUGACAUUUGUGUAGCAAUAUGGUUCAUUGACAGGUGUUUGAAUACUGAUUUAAAAAUAUUUGGGGAAACAGCUUUUGAUCCUUCAGGGUCGAAGGGACGAGUCGCUCCCUCUUUGGCUUGCCCUGAUGACAGCGUGGCACAGGGCGGGCACAGCCCGGGGGAGCUGCAGCUGCCGUGGAUGAACGUGGUGGGGAACAGGAGAAAAAUCCCAUUCACCAAAGUCGUCUUCCCCUCGCUCCCUCCCUCCCCCCUUCUCUCCCCCCGGCCCAGCGGGUGCUCCCUGGGUGCAGCCCCUGGGACACGGUGACCCCUGGCUCGGCACGCCUCGGUCAGGCAGUGGCGGUGCCGAUGGCUGCGCUCGCCCCACUGCUGGCUGGGCACCCCCUUGGGCAUCUUCAGCUCAACGGUUUCCCUUUUCUCAAAGUCCAUAGCUGCUGAUUUGUCAUUAUUUAAACAGGAUGUUACGGGUAACAGCUGCUGGGCCCAGCAGCAGCUCAGCUCGAUGGAGCUUCACACCCAAAGGUGGUUCCGUAAAUCUCAUUUACUUUGACAGUACAAUGAGACACACGUGUAUUCUCAGGAAAGCCUUCUGCAUACAGCCUAUACCUCAUGUGUACAGGGGAAGAUUGUAGUGUACCUGUUUGUAAGUUAGAAAGUAUUUCUCAGCUUUUAAGUUUAAUUUCUGAAUAGCUUGAUAUGAUCUUUUUAUUACGGGUUAUUUCUGGCUUGCUGUUUUAUACACUCAAGGAAUUGUUAAAAUUACAUAGGAGUAAUUUUAUUCUACAGUGAAUUAUUAUAAUCUGUUGAUAAGUGUUUUAAUUAGUGUACAUAAAAACAGUCAUCUUAUUGCCAGCCAUCCAACAAAAUAAUCUAUUGGGUAAUCUGUGGUUUUCCAAAAUAGCCUCCCAAAACUAAUGCUGUACCAACAACAACCAAAAACCUAAAUGCAGUUAGGAUGAUGAACGGACAUGACAUUUCUACUUUCUGUUGUAGAAAGCAAAUUUUCCAAAGGUUGAUUGGCAGCAGUAUCCGUUCCCAAGUACUCAUUUGCUGUAGGGAGUAGAAAAUCCUUCCUGAACUGACAGGUAGGGAAGCAGCAAACAGAACAGAAUCACCGGACAGUCAUUCCUGAUAUCUUCUGCACCAAGUCCUCUAACGACUUGUAUUUUUUAAACAGGGUAAAGUGAAUGUGUUGCAUUGCAAACUCAGGUAUUAUGAGAAGGUAGGAGUGUAGCUAGAGACGUAGAGAUGUUAGGUCAGUCACUAGAUGUAUUUGUGAAUUUGGUUUGAAGGACACCCUGGAAAGGUUGGAAUUUUUGUUCCAUUCUUCACGUAACAUUCGGUUUACAGGGACUCAUAUUUUAUUUGUGCUUAAUGCUAGUAGGGGGAAGUUCAUUAUCUUAGGUACCUAUCUGCUCUUGCUUAUCUGACCUUCUGUCAGAGAGGAAUCAAUCAACAAUAAUAGUCUUUGGUAGAAUUUUCUGCCAUGACAAGUCAAUUUUUAUCCCUGAUUUGAAAGAUAAAUUGGUUGGCUGACCCCCUCCUCUCCUUCAAAGCGUCUGUGCAGAUGGAAAGCUGAAGAGUUACUUUUAAUCCGAGCAGAGAUUUGGGACAUAAAUUUGAAGCUCUUGGGCUCAUGUUCUUGGAGGGUUGGUGCUGAGGGGUCCUCGCUGCAGUUGUGCAGUUUGAAGGUGUCCCCAGGCCAGGAGUGGAGCAGGAACUGCUGCCACCGGCUGAUGGGGCGAGUGUGAGCCCCUGGGGCCUCAGCAAAAGCUUUUGGAAGGUGCCUGAGUUUUCUUCCACUUGAGCUCAGGCUCCUGCCGGGUAGGGAGUCCUUGUCCUGAGCAUGUCCAGCCCUGCAGGAGGGCAGGGGAUGAGGGGCAUCCAGGAUGCUCAGAGGUGCUGGGCACCCCAAAACUGGUGGGCUCUGGGCAUGGCAGAAGUGCAGUGGCAGGAGCUCACUCUGCACUGCGUUGCGUGUGCAUUAGGUACUGCUCAGCUGUGAAUUGUGCCAGUGGCCGUCAUCUUUCUCCUCUCAUGCCCACCGUGCUCUGCAGAGGCACUGUGUGCUUUGGGUCAUCCAGGAGCAACUCUGGACUCCUCUGGGACUCUUAAAUCCACAACUUUAAUUCUGAAAUCUUUUGCCAUGUCCCAGCACACACAGGGCGCAGGGGGCAGGCGGGUGAGCCGCGGUCAGUGGGAUCAUCAGCCAGUGCAGCUGAGCUGCUGCCCCAGUAACACCCCUGUUCCCAGUGCUGGGGCAUUGCUUUGAGAGUGAGGGGUCCCAGGGAUGUGAACAGGGCUCCUGGGCUGCUCUGGCUUGCCAGGGUAGGCCUGGGUGGCUGUGCCACCACCCUGCAAAGGCUCAAGUGCCACUCGCUGCUGUCCCUCCUGUGCCACACAUGGCAGGAUCUGCCCUGGCUCUUCAGGCUUCUGCACAGACCCGCAGCCACCUCAGGUUCAGGAGUUUAAGUCUUGUCCUUCAAACCAACUUUUUUUAACAAAACUUGAAUUUCUUUUACCUUUACUACAUUUUUUAAAAGUUAAAAAAGGAAAAAAAAAAAAGAUUCUCCUGUGAAUGUGCUAUUUCCCGCUCGUUCUUUCUUCCUUCUUAGUUUUGAUUUGAAGCUAUGAAGCUCUGUGUCUGUGAAAAUGUUGUUAUUUCUCAGGAUAAUAAGCGGCAAUCAUCCCUGCCACAUGAAAGGCAGGAGAAAGGGGGAAACUUGGGGAACUAGUUUAAGUAUGAAACUAAUUUUUAAGUUGUAGAUGAUGUGUAAAUGGAGGGAAAUGCAUAGGUGUCAGUGUCAAGCUGUGGUGUUUCUCUGGGUUCACGGUGUGUUGUUUCAAUACACAGAAGCUCAGGGAUAAGUAUUUAAAAUGUGACCCAGAGAAACCCUAGUUUUGAUGUUGCAACAGUUGCUUCUUUCAUGACUUGUCUGAGAGCUGACCAAAGCCCCGUAUGGGGAUUUUGGAGGAAAAGCUUUAGGUUUGGCUGUGGGGUUUGCCUGCUGAAGGCUCAGGUGUGGUUCUAUGGGCAAGCAUCCCCAAGGUGUGUGGUGCUGCCAGCACAUCAGCCCCUGGGUCUGGGGGAGGUUUGUCUCUAUUUCUGCAUUACCUCAUCCUCCUGCCUUUGGUGUUAAAUGCAUUUGAGUGCUCGUGGAAAAGGGGAAACAAGAAUUCCUCAUUGUGCCCCUGGCAGCCAGUCCCAGGGCUCUGGACUCUGUUGCUUAUGAAUUACGGCAUCUUAAUUUCCACCAGUACAACUUUCUCACCGUGGUCAGAAGGUUGUAGUCAGAGAGAGGGACUGGUGGAUUACACCUGCUACGAGUGUCCGAACGGCCCGUCCAGCCGUGGGCAGAGCCAGCGCUGAACCAAAGCCAGUGAAAGUUUGCAGGGCUGAAACUCCCCUCCCAGCACCCUCAGCCAGCAUCCGCACACUGGAGCUUAAAUGGGCCCACAGAAAGACGGGGAGGCAAAUCCAGGCAGUGUCUUCCCCUUGGAAAAAACCUUCUAAAUAGCUCCUGUGAGCUGCCUCUGACAAGUCCGUGAAAGAAGCAACAUGGUUCAGUGGAAGAAAAACCUCCAAGGGCAAAAAGAAACAGAAAUUGAAACCAGGUGACGAUCAACCUUAACAAAGCCUUUUGUGAUUCAUUGUUUUCUUUCAAUUUAUAAAAUAUCUUGUAAUAGUUGAUAACAUUAUUGACUCAAUUUCCAUAACUAAACUACCUCGUGUGACAUCCUGUUUAUCAUCUCAAAGGGAUUGUGUGAAAAACUAAACACUGCCAGUGUCUGUUGCCAGCGAGGAACAGGGGCUGUGAUGGCUGAAAUUGUGACUCCCUUCUCAUGGGAGCCCCUCCUGGAGAGGUCGUGGCUCUUGUUAGUUUGGUUUUUGUUGGUGCCCAUCCAGCCUGGCUCCAGCUCAGUCCUGGUGCAGAAGCUGUGUCUGUAUCUGGGACCACACAGCUCCCUGUGUGUCCGUCCUGGGCAGGCAGCGGGGCCGGUGUGCUGUGCGUGCUUGUGUCGGCCCCUCGCUGGCUUGUGGGAUGUUUCCAGGAGGGCUGCUCCAGGUUGUUGGGUCCUUCUGCUGCAGUUCCAAAGGGUGGUUUCUCCCAUUCAUUUUUCCCACAAUCCCUUGUGUAAGUCAGGGAAGCAGGAUGUUGCCUCAGCACGACACCCGGUGACCAUUGGCACACUCAGAGCCGGGGCUGGGGCAGGGCGGCGUGUCCGGCCGGUGCCGCCCUGGCCCCGCGGGUGCCGCGCUGUGCCCGGGAGCUGCCCCUCGUCCCUGCGCCACGACCAAAUGAAUGUCUGUGCCGGCGUGUCCGGGCGGGACCGGCGCCAGCCCAUGUCAGCCCGGCCUGCCCCUGCUCCGCUGCUCUGCUCUGGGACUUGACUACCUGUGGAAAUGUGACCAAUAAGUGUUGAAUGCAUGUUUAGCGAGUGUUUAGCUGAAUGAACUAAUAAAUGUGAAUUGUUCUGCA